GGCACACUAUUCCAGGCUCGAGCUUCAUGGACCUCCUAGAUUCGGCAUGUUGAUGGAAAACAACUCAAUCUUAUUUUUAAUACCAUUCACAAAAAGAUAGGUCACCGGUCCUCGGACUAAUUUAGUAUACAUUUCUGUCAAGUCAUUCAGAGGAUUGCUCAUCAUUUUUUGCUGCCAGCAUAUACAUAAGAUACUCCUUCCUACUUCCGUCUUUCAUCCUCUUCUUCUUUCUCUCUUCAUACUACCUUACAUAUUAUAUACCCUCUUGAAGAUACAUCUUUUCUCUUCUAUAAUUGAGUUCUCAAUAUCUCGCGUUCAACCCCAAACCCCCACUUUCUCUUCAUCUACACAUACAUAUAAUCAUAACAAUGGCGGCAACCAACGGUUCCAACGGUCACGCUACACGCAGACCUCUCAAAGAUGGAAUCUACGCUCCAACUAUGACAUUUUUUGUUCCUGAGACUGAAGAACUUGACAUCCCCACCAUUAAGAAGCAUGCCGUUCGUCUCGCCGAAGCCGGUCUCGUGGGCCUUGUCACCAUGGGAUCAAACGGUGAGGCCGUUCAUCUCUCCCGUGCCGAAAAACAAUCCGUCACACGUGCUACUCGUGAAGCUCUCGAUGCAGCGGGCUUCGAUCAAGUUCCCAUUAUUGUCGGAGCGACCGAAGGGUCCGUUCGCGGUACCAUCGAGCUCAUCAAAGAAUCACAAGAAGCGGGUGGAGAAUACGUUCUGUUGUUACCCCCUUCUUAUUUCCGUGGUCUUAUGGAUGAAGAUUCUGUCUACAACUAUUUCAUUCAAGUAGCUGAUCAAUCACCUUUACCUAUUAUCCUAUACAACUACCCAGGCGCUGUUGCUGGCAUUGAUAUGGAUUCCGAUCUUUUGAUCCGUCUCGCCAAACACCGCAACAUCAUCGGUACCAAAUUCACCUGUGGUAGCACUGGAAAACUUACCAGAGUUGCCUUGGCUACCAAUGCCAAGACUGUCUUCUCAGAAGGUUCUGGCUAUAUGGCUUUCGGUGGUAUUUGUGAUUUCACUGCUCAAACUUUGGUUUCCGGUGGCUCUGGCAUUAUUGCCGGUGGUGCAAAUGUCAUGCCAAAGGUCUGCGUCAAGGUUUGGGAAUUGUACAGAGAGGGAAAGAGAGAUGAGGCUUUUGAGUUGCAGAAGGUUUUGAGUAAGGGUGAUUGGGUCCUUACCAAGGCUGCUAUUGCUGGUACCAAGAGUGCCAUUCAAAGCUACUAUGGAUAUGGAGGAUACCCAAGAUCACCUUUGAAGAAAUUAGAUGAGGUUAAAACAAGUGCUAUUAAGGAUGGAAUUGAUGAGGUUAUGAAGGUUGAGUUCAGCUUAUAGAUGAAUUUGAUGGAAGUUGUGGUUGUUGCAUCUGAUAGAUGAAAGUUUGGGAUGAAAACACGGCUUAUGUUUGGACAAUCGGCUGAGAACUACUACUCGCCAGUAUAUAAUGUGUAUGCAUAGUGCAUACCUGGCCAUCGCCACAUAUGAUGGGAUGAACUUUAGAUCAGAAUUAAGGAGUUUUUGAUUUUCCA